UAAUUUUUUCACUAAUUAAGAUUCACUUUACUGAAUUUUAAAAAAAAGGUCACCAAGUCAGACGUUAACAAAUAGGUAAUAUCACCUACAAAGAUGAAACUGCAAAACGAAUUGUUUUGAUUGUGCACAAAAUUUCAGACGAAAUGAAGUCACAAAGAAAAAAAUUGAUUUUUGUAGAUGGUUUUAGAUUCAAUACAAGUAGGUAGUACCUAACAAAUGUGUUUUUGAUUCGCUGUCACAAUGAUUUUUAACAACCCUGACUUGUUUUACAAUUGAAAUUGAACCUUAUCAGCAGUAGAAAGUUUUUGUCUCAAGUUAAAAUAAGAUUAAUAAAAUCGGAUAUAAAAUAAAAAUAGAGUUAAUAACAUUUAUUCUCAAAGGGUCUUUUAAUUUUCCAUUUAAAUCAUGGCUGAACUGUACGAUGAGAAAAAUAGUUUGAAUUCUAAUUCUUAUUCGAACAACUUAAAUGAGAGCUUUUCAAAUACUUCAGAGUUAUUAAUGAAUUUAACACCUAAUACUGCAAAACUUAAUAAACUGCGCUGGUUUUCUCCUAUGGUUAAUGCCAAUAUGAAGUCGCCUGGCUUAAGCCCCAUUAGAAAGACUGAGGAUUCACCUUCGGAAACCUUUCUUAAAAGUCGUGAAAUGAAAGGAAGGAUUUGUUCGAAACGUCCUAAGAAGCACCGUUCUUCACGCACGUGCUUUAAUUUAUCUGUUUCAAGCGAAGAAAAUUCUAACGAUUUAAAUGAAAAAAUUUCUCUUAAGUUGAUCUUAAAGAAUCUUGGAUUUCUCAAUUUAUAUCCCAUUUUUCGUCGGGAGGAGAUUGAUUUUCCAGUUAUGUUUACUCUCAACGAUAAAGACUUAAAUGAUAUAGGGAUUGAUGAUGCAAACGCUCUGUACAGUCAAGUGACGGGCACUAAAGCUGAACAAAAGAAACUCAAACACAUGAUUAAGAAAGAAUUCAAAUCAGCUAAACGUGAGCUUCGAAGAGACAACGAAUUUGUGUCUAAAAUUCGUCACAAACGAAGACAAGAACAAGAUCAUGAACGUCAAGGGAAGGUCAAGAGAAUCUUCAAUGAGGCGAGUAUUCAACAAAGUGAAUACAAUGCGUUGUCAAGAACAAAAGAACGAAAAGGAAGAUUUUAA